AUGGUGAACCAUGAUGAUGAUGUGGAUCUCAGAAGACAGAGCAAGAUUAUUGCAAUCCUUCUAAAGGAACUUGAUUACAAAAAUCACAAGUUAAUAGAAAUGGAGAAAAAACAUAAUGAGACGGUUGCUGUGCAAAAAUUACUCAUGGGCCUUAUGGAGAACAUCAAUCCCAGAGAAAGAUGCUUGUUGGAAAUGGAAUGCAAGUAUAACGACUUUCUCACCAUGGUUAGAAAGUUGAUGGAUGAAAGAAGUAAAACGCAUGACAGAUAUCAUAACGAAUUCCAACUGUUGAAGGUCGGGAAUACUAAUAUGAUCCGUGACAUGGAAUGUCUAAAGAAAGAACAUGAACGGCUUACAGAGGAACUGAAGGAGACUAAGGCCUUAAAUGAUUUACAGCAAAGAAGCUUUAUUGAGGAGAUUAAAAGAUUGAGAAGAGAAUUACAAGAUCAGGACCUCGAAGAAAAUAAUGGUGAUUUGGCAACUCAACUUUAUACUUUCAGGCAACAACUAAAAGGCAAGAUGGAGAGGCUGGGUCAUAUUGAAAGCAUGAAUAGUAGCUUGAUAGUAAAAGAGUUUCAGUAUAAGCAAGAACUAGUUGAUGCUCGUGAAGAAUCUAUAAAGAGUUUACAAGAUAUGUUCCACAGUCGAUCUCAACUUGUAAUUAAAAGAAUGGGAGCUUUAGAUACAAAGCCUUUUCAAGAUGUGUGCAUGCAGAAGUACCCAAGUGGAAAUUGGCAGGAGAUAUCUGCUCAAUUAUGCUCAUCGUGGGAAGAAAAUCUGAAGAAUGCAAACUGGCAUCCUUACAAGAUAGUUGAGGCCAAUGGGAUGUUGCAGGAAAUAGUGGAUGAAAAUGAUGAAGAGUUGAAAGCACUAAGGAUUGAAUAUGGGGAGAUGGUUUACAAUGCUGUAGCAAAUGCAUUAAUGGAACUGCAACAAUACAAUGCAAGCGCAAGAUAUCCAGUCUCCGUAAUUUGGAACCGCAAGGAGGGGAGGAGAGCCAGUUUGAAAGAAGUUAUCCAAUACAUUGUGAAGCAACUAAACUCUUGCAAGCAUAAAAGAAAGAGAAAUUGA